UCGUAAAAGAGUAUAAUUUUAUAUACGUUUACGUAAAUAAUAUGCUUUAAUUAUAGGUUUCAUCUUUUCAAUAACAUAUAUUGACUCGAUAUACAUAUAUAUUCGCAUAUGGAUAGUUAAUUUUCUUAGCACGUGCACUUUGGAUCAUUCCUUGCCUUAAAAUGUUUACCUUCUCCUUGGCAGUAUUAAUCUUACAUUAAUAUUUAUAGAUUCAAGAGUUACGUAAAAGUUUCUUUUUCGAUGUCUGCGUUUUUAUGAUGUUUAUGAUGUAAACUGUCCUUGAAAUGUUUUUGUCUUUCAAAUUUUUUUUCAUUAUGCGAGAAAAAUAUGCAUUCAACUUUUGAUGAGAAUAUUUUUCUCUAUUUUUUAUAAUUUCGACGAUAUACGCUUCGAAAGAAAAACCAAUUUUUUUUAAUACGUGUCCCUUAUUUUUAUCUGUACUACAACAUAUUAAAAGCUUGUUUUAAUCUGAGGAGGACACUUCCAUUAGUUUUUUUGUUAAAUGAUUCACGUGAAAAAAACGUGGAUUCCACGUACCUGUUCUCAUCAGGUCUUUACAAUUCAGCAAAAAAAUGUCUCACUCUUCAACUUUAUUUUGCUUCUUCAGAAGUUUUCGUACAUCGCCACGUCAGUAUUAAAUAUUCUCUUGUGUAGAAAGGACAUUAUGGUUUAUCUUACGUCGAGGCAUUUUAUAAAAGAAAAUUUGAAAUUAUAGUAAUAUGUAAUUAUUGUGGAAAAAGUUUUUCUCUACAAAGUGAUCAAAAAUAAAUAUUGAAAAAUCACUUAUGCAAUCUGCAUAAUAUAACAGAACUAGACGGACAUUCAGAGCGUGAUAUUAUAUUGCAACAUUACAAAAUAUUAGGACAGACAAAAGCAUGCAAUCAUUGUAAUAAAGAGAUUUUUUUUGUACACAGUGCUCAUCAUUUAAAAAUUUACUUGAAAAUUGAUCAUUCGGAUAAAUGUAAUUUAACUGAUACUCGUAGAAAGGAGAAUAAUAAAAGAAAUCAAAGAAAUAGUAACGAAAGAAAUGGACGAAUUUAUGGUAACAGGUAACUAUAAUGUGACGUGUAAAAAACGUAAAAUGGAACUAAGAAAUAAUAGUGAAUCAAAAACUUUUCACUCGAAAAUUCAUCCGGAUAAAUGUAACUCAACUGAUAAAAGUGUUAGAAGAAGAUCAAAGAUUUGGGAUAAAUACUAUGUAACAGGCAAUUACGCAAUAUGCAAAGAAUGUACAAGACAAAUUAAUAUAUCUGAUACAAAACAUCAAACACAUUAUUUAUGGAAUCACUUAAAAAUUUAUCAUCCGAAUAAAUUUAACAUAAGUGAUUUGAAAAAUAAACAUUUAAUCAUGUGGGAUAAGUGCAUUAUAGAUGGCAAUUUGAUAAUAUGCAAAAGAUGUAACAAGACAUUUAAACAUAGAGGUGGAUAUAUAAAAAGAAUAAGUCAGCACUUAAAAAGAAAACAAUGUCAAAGUGUAAGAAGAUUACCAAACACAUGGGAUAAAUACUAUGUAAAAGGCAAUUACGCGAUAGGCAAAGAAUGUAAAAGACAAGUUAAUAUACCUAAUACAAAUGCAACAGAAUAUUUAUGGAAUCGCUCAAAAAUUGAUCAUUUAAAUAAAUUUAACGUAAAUAAUAUGAAAAACGAACAUUUAAUCGUGUGCAAUAAGUACAUUAUAACAAGCAAUUUGAUAACAUGCAAAAGAUGUAACAAGACAUUUAAUCAUAAACGUGGAGAUAUAAAAAGAUUGAAUCAGCACUUAAAGAGCAAACGGUGUCAAAGUUUAAGAAGAUUAUCAAACAUAUGGGAUAAAUACUAUGUAACAGGCAAUUACGCGGUAUGCAAAGAAUGUGAAAGAGAAGUUAAUAUACCUGAUACAAAUCGAACAAAAUAUUUAUGGAACCACUUAAAAAUUGAUCAUCCGAAUAAAUUUAACAUAAGUGAUAUGAACAACAAACAUUUAAUCUUGUGGGAUAAAUAUAUUAUAACAGGCAAUUUGAUAACAUGCAAAAGAUGUAAAAAGAAAUUUAAACAUAGACGUGGCUAUGUAAAAAGAUUGAGUCAACACUUAAAGAGCAAACGGUGUCAAACUGCAGAGAGCACGUCAAUUGAAGGCAAAGAAUUUGAUGAUACUCUGCAACCUCAAAGUAAAACACAAAUAAUCGACCAGAUAAAGCCGUUUAAACAAGAAAUAAAAACGACAGAUUAUAAUUUCAGGGAAGCAUCAAGGAUGUCAAGUUCAAUUGAAGGCAAUGAUUUCCAUGGUACUACAGAACAUCAAAGCGAAAAACAAAUAUUCAAAGAGACAAAUCCGCUUAAACAAGAAACGGAAAUAACAUAUUUUAAUUUAUGGAAAGUAUCAAGCAAGUCAAGUUCAAUUGAAGGCAAUGAUUUUCAUAGCACUAUAAAGCCUCAAAGUGAAAGACAAGCAUUCGAAGAUAUAAAGCCGCUUAAUCAAGAAAUAGAAAUAACAGAUUAUUAUUUCGGGGAAGCAUCAAGCAUGUCAAGUUCAGUUGGAAACAAUGAUUUCCAUGGUACUAUAGAAUCUCAAGGAGUAAGAAAAAAAAGAAAAUAUUCAAUACAAAUAUUCAAAGAGACAAGCCUUUAAAUAAGAAAUGGAAAUAACAAAUUUCAAUUUAGGGGCUACAUCAUGCAUAUCCAGUUCAAUUAAGGGCAAUGAUUUCCUUGGUAUUAUUAAAUCUCAAAGUAAAACGCUAACAUUCGACGAGGCAAAACCGAUUAAACAAGAAAUAAAAAUAACAGAUUUUAAUUUUGAGUACUUAUUCCCUUUAUAAUAAUUACUCAAAAUUAAAAUCUGUUAUUUCUAUUUGUUGUUUAAGCAACUUUGUCUCUAAUUAUUUUUAAUUAUUGCUAAGUAAUUUAAAAGUGCUGUUGUUAGUACUUUCAAUAAUCAAAAUAAGUAAUAUUUAUUAUUAAAUCUCAAAGUAAAACGCUAACAUUUAACGAGACAAAACCGAUUAAACAAGAAAUAGAAAUAACAG